CGGUUUUCAUCUCAGAUCCGAAUCGCCGCCAGUUGAUUCGCACGGCUGAAACACGGCGGUCGGACGUCGAGAGUGGUCUUCGCCAAGUGACGCUGUAUCCGACGGAUACGCAUUUGAAAACUGGCUGCUGGCCAUCGCCAUAUAUGUAACGCCCCCGGUGCACUCUGUUCGCCUUUGUUGACUUUGGUCAGUCAGUUAGCCAGUCAGUCAGUCGAUCCCCAGUCGCAUCUUCAGCUGGGAAACAAGUCACCAUGGGCCUGCAUGCCACCACAGUGAAGCAACUGCUGCUCUUGCUCAACUUCGUGUUUUCCGUGCUCGGACUGGCGCUGGUCGCCUUCGGAAUUUUCUUUUUGAUCUCCGCCGCCGAGAAUGCAGUCAGCAUCGGUGAGAACGUGGCCGGCGGUCUCAUCAUCGGCCUGGGUGUUGUCAUCCUGAUCGUCGCGGUCUUCGGAUGCCUGGCCGCCAUCCACGAGGCUCCUGUCCGGCUCCUGAUCUACGUGGGUGCCGUGGGCCUGCUGAUCCUGUCGCAGCUGCUCUUCCUGAGCAUGGCCACCCAUGGCACCAAGGACGGGCUCUCCGGCAGCAUUAACGAGGGCUUCGACCGCCUCUGGGAGUCGGAGCGCAACAGCACAGGGGCACUGGCCUACUACGAGAGCUGGCUGCACUGCUGCGGAGUCAACAGCGCCGAGGACUACUGGGUAAUCCGGCACAGCGUUCCCUCCAGCUGCUGCGAGGAUGGCCAGUGCCUGGACACGCAGAGUAGGAUUUUCAAGCCCGGCUGCAAGGGCGAGUUCAUCAAGUACUUGGACGACAAGUUUCUGGUGUUCAAAAUCGUCUGCUGGCUGCUUAUCAUCGGAGAGGCUGUGGGCGCUGUUUUCGGUUGGCUGCUCUACAGCAGCGUUAAAAACGAGAGCCGACGCAAUAAUGCCGUCUGGAUGUAAAGCUCUGUCUAAGUCACUUGGGUAUAAGGCAAUAAUAUGUUCUAAACUGUUUUUCUAAUGAAUUGUUUUCUAAUGAAUUAAUACUGUUAACAACUGUCUACUAAUAGCAGGUUGGUCGUUUUGUAAUCUGUAUUAAAAACUCACCAUGCAAAAAAGCAA